UGGUACAAUUAAAGUGAAGUCAGUCGUGGUCAGAAAGAAAGAAACUAUGAAGUGGUUUAUCGUUUUAAGUAUCAUUUCGGUCUUUAACUUGACCAGUGGAUAUGAAAAAAGGGCAGUCACUUUUUCGUUCUCGACAUUUUACGCCAAUUAUAUGGUACUUCAAAGAGGACCCCGUGGUGCAUCUGUAUGGGGACAUUCUCCAAAACAUGGUGAUAAGAUUGAUCUGUAUCUAGACGAUAAACACAGUGAAAGUAUAACAGUAGACUCUCAUGGAAUAUGGCAAGGUGUUGUACAUAACCCUGGGGGAAACCAUGGUUACACACUGACUGCUUCAUCCUCACUUGGAAAUAUAACUCUCAAAGAUGUAUGGUUCGGGGAUGUCUGGUUGUGCUCUGGACAAAGCAAUAUGGCUUUUAUCGUCGGCCAGCUAGCUAAUGCAACAGAUGAGGUCAGGGAUACUUCAAGUCACCAGAAUAUUAGAUUAUUUAAAGCUAAACCACAUUUGUCAACAACUCCGCUCACAGAAUUUACCAGAAGAAAUAUAGGUGAACAAUGGCUACUGCCAACAGCAGCCCAUGUCAAAUAUUUCUCAGCUGUUUGUUGGCUAUUUGGAAAAUAUUUAUCAUCUCAUGUUAGUUAUCCUAUUGGAUUAGUAGAGUCAGAUUGGGGAGGUACUCCGGUAGAAGCAUGGUCGUCACCAGAUGCUCUUGAGAAAUGCAAUUCAACACAAAGACACCAAAGUCCAUCGCCAGUAAACCAACAUUCUAAUAACGUGUUGUGGAAUGGGAUGAUCCACCCUUUCCUAAAAUCUACAAUAUAUGGAGCACUUUGGUAUCAAGGAGAAGCUAAUUCACCAAAUGCGUUUGAUUACUCAUGCAGAUUUCCAGCAAUGAUAGACGAUUGGCGCUCCAAGUUCCAUACUGCUUCUUUACAAACUGUUGAUGCUAUGUUUCCAUUUGGAUUUGUUCAGUUAGCACCGAAUAGAAAUACAUCUGCAAUAGGUAGCUUUCCACUAGUGCGCUGGGCACAGACAGCUAAUCAUGGAAGAGUUCCAAACAAUCGAUUAACGAAUGUCUUUAUGGCUGUUGCAUUAGACCUUCCCGAUUAUGCAUCACCACGUGGACACAUUCAUCCUCGUCUGAAGCAUGAUGUAGCAGCUCGCUUAGUUUUAGGAGCUUUAGCAGUUGCUUAUAACAGAAGUGGAAUUGAUUAUCAGGGUCCAUAUCCUUCAUCAUAUACCUUACAUCGUGAUAGCAAUACUCUUACUAUAGAAUACGACAAUGGAAGAUCACCCAUUGAUGUAAGAAACACAAACGGAUUCCAAAUAUGCUGUUCAUUAUCUCAUAAAGUUUGUCAUGCAUACGCACAUGAUUAUGGUUGGACCAAUGCACCAAUUAAGAGUCAUGAUACAUCAAGUAUAACUUUGGAUACAUCAAAUUGCAGCCUAAGUCACCAUGCUAUUGGUGGCAUACGAUAUGAAUGGAGUGAAAGUCCGUGUGAUUUAAAGCAAUGUGCUAUUUAUGGGGCAGCAAACUACCUUCCUUCUCCACCUUUUAUUGUAACAAAACUUUUUCAAUAA